AUGGCAAAGCAAGAUCAUGGGAAAUUCUUCCUUAAAAUGCCAUGGAGGAUUCCUCAUUCAGACACACCUUAUCCUCCCUCUCAUCUUUAUAACUUUCUUGCCACUUUCAGGGAAUCCAAGCAUCAAUUGGGAAGGUUGUGUAUGAGUAUGGCAGAAAAUAAUGAGAAUGUGCAAGAGUUGAAUAACAACAUCAGUGAAACUGCUACCACUGAAGCAAAAAAAGAAAUUGAACCAUUUUCUGGUGUGAUUGAUACUGAUGAAGUCAGAGAGAAGAUUGAGUCUGAUCCAUUUAUUCAACAAACAGUUGAAUCAUUUUUGAAACAUGCGGAGUUCAAGAGAAGAGAAGAAGAACAUGACAAGGAAUGUGCCUUUGUUGAUUCCAUUUUGAGAACUCCAGAGUUCAAUAAUGAAGAAGAACAUGAACAUGAUCAUUGUGGCAACCAAGGAUCAACAAUUGAAGAUGCUAAACAUACUACCAAAACACCAUAA